GUGGUGAGGUUUGGAACCGCCACCCGGUUGUGCACUUAUCACCAUGGUUGAGACCCGCGGUGGGACGAGUACUAGCCCCUACACCCAGGAGCAGCAAGAGAAGAUGGCCGCCAUAGUGAGAGAAAACAGAGAGAGGAAGGAGCUCCUGAAGCAAGCGAAGUUGAAGGCUAUCGCAAAGGAGCAGGCGGCGAAGAUGAAGGAGUUGGAGGAGGAGAUGGAGAAGAAGAAGAAGGCUGCUGAAGAAGAAGCGGCAGCAGAAGCAGAGGCGGAGAGAAAACGAACGGGGAAGGAAAAAGAGAGCAGUGGCGCGAUUAAAGCAGCAGCAGAGAUGGAGAAAAAAAUAAGUGAGUGGAUCGCUAAUUUAUCGUUGGGGGAAGAUGAGGAGGCCGAGUUCUAUGUCCCAAAGGAUGAGAGGGAUGCGUUGGCCAGCCAGCUAGCAGCGAUGGAGGACCCUCUGGAACGAAGGGAAAGAGAAGAGGAGAAGAAAUUGGAAUGGAAGUUGAGGAUGAAGAGAGAGAAGAAGAAGAGGAGGGAGCAAGUUAAUAGGUUGACCGCGGAAGUGGCAAAAGUGCAGGAUUGUAGGCGAGAAGUGGGAGCACAGGCAGAUAUUCUGCCAAGAUGGACAAGAUAUGCGUAUGGGGGAAAGAAGAAGGAGAACUUUGACAACUGGGAAGCCAGUGUCAAUAGUUAUAUCUAUUUACAGCAUAUCCUGUCAGAGGAACAAGUCCUCGUGGCCUUCCACGCCCUCAAGGAUGAAGCGGCUAGUUUCGCCAGGUCCCUUGCGCGCGAAGCCGGUUGUGAAAACACCCUGGUUGCUUACUCUAAAGUUACCCCCCUUCCUCAAUUCCUUAAGCUCCUGAAGGAGCGAUUCGCAGACCCAACGAGAGGCGUUAGAGCCUCUGACAAGUUGCAGACAAUCCACUCGCGACAAUGGCGGAGUGCAAGAGCGCUCAAGGGUACCAUGGACGACUUGGUAGCCGUCCCGGACCAUGGGGUCACUGAGACCCAAUUGGUCCAGUUAUUUUAUCGUGCCAUGCCAGAGGCCCUACGUGGGCAUUUCUUUGACAAGUCUCAACAGGCCGGCAUCACUUAUGAUGCGUUGAGUAGAGAGGUCGUCCUGUAUGAGUCAAAGUCCAUGCCAGUUACCACGUUUUGGCAUAGGGACUUAGAUAAGGGAAAGAAGUGGAAAGGUCGUACCAUCUCACGCCAGUGUUGCAGCAAUUACAAGGGAACAGGUUGAGGCCAGUUGAGUCCCCUGGCCUCCGCGUCAUCCUACUCCUCUAACCUCAGUCGCAGCGUAGCUGCAGCUCGAAGCUCCCACAGA